AUGGCGGCGGCCGCCUCUCCUCAGGAGCCCGCGGGGCGCGCCGGCCUGCCUCUGGGGCGCCCGCCGCGCCCGGCCCCUGCUCCGCCCCGCGGCGCCGGCCAGCGACCGGCCAGCCCCUGGGAGCUGGUGAGGCCUUCGGUGACGGAGCUCUCGCGGGCCGUCCGGAGCAACAUCCUCUGCACCGUGCCGGGCUGCGGGAAAGUGCUGCCCAACCCGCCGGCGCUCAGCAUGCACCUCAGCAAGGCCCACCGCCUGCAGCAGGAUGGAAAAUUAAAUCCCGCAACAAGGAAAGACUUGAAAGCACGACAGAAAUACUACUGCUGUCCUAUUGAAGGUUGUCCUAGAGGACCGGGAAGGCCUUUUUCACAGUUUUCUCUCGUUAGGCAGCAUUUCAUGAAAAUGCAUGCUGAAAAGAAGCAUAAAUGUGAUAAAUGUAGCAAUUCUUAUGGAACCAUAUGGGACUUGAAGCGACACAUUGAAGACUGCGGCAAGACUUUCCAGUGUACGUGUGGGUGCCCCUACGCCAGCAGGACAGCCCUGUUGUCUCACAUUUAUAGAACUCAGCAUGAGAUUCCUGUUGAACACAGGGAUCCACCUUGUAAAAAACGGAAAAUGGAAAUGUCAGCAUCCCAUCAGCAGCUGGGAGAGAAAGCAAAAGAAACCUCCGGCGUUGCAGUCAGCAGAUCUACUAACACAAAAGACUUGGAAACUUCAGAGAUCAAACUGGCAGCUUCCUUAGAAGAUCCCAUCCGUUCCUCUACCACUAAGCAAACGCAACCAAAAAAUGCACCAAAGUUGCUUCUACCAAAGCCUAAAGUCGCUUUGGUUAAAGUUCCUGUAAUGCAGCUGACUCACUUGCCCAUCUUCAUAUCGGCACCAGACUCUUCCGUCAAACCUGUUGUCGUUGCUGUUGAUGACAAAGGCUCUGUUAUGAGCACUGUUCACCUAAUGCCUCUGCCUGUAGGCAUUGUGGUACCAGCACUGGAGGCUGAAGCACUGGCAUUUAAAGACACACUACCCCUUUCAAAAGCCAAGAGCUCUGGCAGCUUUGAGCCGGUCAGCACAGGUAUCCAAGUCAAUCUGGGGAAAGCGGCGUCCAAUAAUACAGUGCGGGGCCUGGAGGCCGUAUGUUACAGGGAUGGAAUCUGUUCCACAAACGUCCAGACGGACUUGUCUUACAUUUCACAGAACUUCAUCCCCUCUGCAUCCUGGACUCCUGAUUCCUCUGUGUCCUCUUGUUCUCAAACAGAUUUGACAUUCAGUUCUCAAGUUUUGCUGCCCAUCAGCGUUCAGACGCAGACUCUGUUGCCCAGUUUGAAGCUUACUUCAUCCAUUGCUGCUCAGACGGAUGCUUUCGCCCAGGCUUGCUUUCAGUCAGGCGGAAUUUCUAGGGAGACUCAGACCAAUAGGUCACAGAAAGUUACAGACGGAAGAGGGCAAACGGAUCAGGCUGUGAUGUGCAAUGAUAUUUUUGAUGGUGUUACUUCGUCAUUUGAUUCGUCCCCGGUUGUUCUAUCCAGCAGCUGCUUGAUUGAAGGUGACCUGGAUCACAGUUUGCUACAAAGAGGAAGCUGCAAAUCUCUGAGUCGGGAUGGCAAAUCAGAGACAAUGAUCAGCUUCAGCACACACAAUAAUCUGCUCCCGCCACAAGUUAUGACUGACAACCAGACCCAGACAAUGGAGUUACUGAGUGACCUUGAAACUAUUUUUUCAGGUAGCGCAACAGGACAGUCGUUGGAUAACCGUAGUCUUCUGACAGAUGCUAACCCUAAUGCUGACCCUCCCCUGCCUUCUGGCCCCACACAGAAUGCAGCAAUCGAUUUUGACAUCGAAGAUUUCUUUACGGCCUCCAAUAUCCAAACUCAGACAGAAGAGGCUGAAUUUGGUCAUUUGACCUCUGAGCCGGUCUUGGAAUCAUUGGAUAUCGAAACCCAGACCGACUUAUUUUCAGAUAACGUUGCCCAGUCAUAUAACUGCAGAGGUAAUCCUAACUUUUUAGGCUUGGAGAUGUUUGACACCCAAACCCAAACGGACUUAAAUUUCUUCUUAGACAGCCCCCACCUGCCUUUGGGUAGCAUCCUGAAGCAGUCCGCCUUCUCCAUGAGUACGGACUCAUCUGACACGGAGACACAGACAGAAAUGCAGUUUCCGGAGAGAAAUGCCUUGAAUCAAAUGGCAGAGAGCAAAGUACAGCUGAAUAGCGCUGAGACACAGACUAUGGACAGCUGCUUUGAAACUCUCGGUAGCUUAUUCCUUACCAGCAAUGAGACUCAGACUGCUAUGGAUGACUUCUUACUGGCCGACUUGGCCUGGAAUACAAUGGAGUCUCAGUUCAGCUCAGUUGAAACGCAGACUUGUGCAGAACUGUGCUCUUUAUUUCAGGAUUCUGAUAAGGCCAGUCACUGAGCACUGCUUUCAUGAAAACAGCAUUCCUUGAGGAUUCACGUUGUUUGGGUAGGAGAAACUGACAGUGGAGCCCCUGCCACUGAAUUUAGUUAACCACAUGGGGUUGGGUUUACAAACCUUGUCAUAGUAUAAGGUACUUUAGAUGGGAUGUCUUUGUAACUAAUGUCACCCUGUCUGCUUAUGUUCACUAUGGUGUAUCAGUGUAUGUCUAAGCACUUCAGAAUUGAUCUAGUAGUGCCUGCCUGCCUCUGUUAUGCUGAGGGUUUGUGGAGGAAGUGGUGUGUGUAACUUCAGCCUCCUACUGAUUAACUCUUAAGCACUGCUUGCUAAACUGUGAGCCUGUGCCCCUCAGGCAUGCUGUGGCAUGCUGGUUGCUGGAUGCAUUCUUCAAGUGCAACCAAUGUUACAACUGGUUUAUUUUCUGGCUUGUAAUAAGUUUGUGUAGCACAACUCCAGACUUCUGUCCUCCUGACUGUGAGUAGAAGAACAGUGAAAUCUCAACAUUGCUGUAACCUAGACAGAAGAGAAAAGUAUCUGAACAUGCUCUCUGAACAUUACCUAAUUUUCAGACAGAUAGCUUUGAGCACACUGGCUGUAAGACAAAAAUCUGUAACUUAAAGACUGCUGUCCAACUACUACUUUGGAACUUCAGUAAUAACGCAAAUGAUUAGAAAAAGAUGUUGUUAACUCAGAGCAAGUUCACUAAGCAGCUUUCCUACCAGCUGAUUAGCUGGUUCAUCAGAGCACCUGGUUACUUGAAUACAACCUCAACCAUUACUAAUUACCCUAGCUGCUACUGGGUAUACAGUUGUGGUAAAUAAACUGUCUGAAUUUGCUGCUAUAGUUUCUAAAAGCUAAAAACUGAGGUCUUUUGGCACAAUCUGUUGGUAUGGCAUUGCCAACUCUCCCUUUCCCAAAUAAUUAUUUUUGCCUUGAAGUCUUUUUUUUUCUUGUUAACUAAUGAUCUCUCUACAAAGCAUACAAGUAUUAGCAGUUGUUCAGUGUCUCUUGUUUAUGUUUUGCGAUUGACUUUUUUGUUGAAGGAGAAUGAAAGUCCACUGAAGGUAUUUCAGUUACUUUUGUUCAAGGCUGCUUGUCCCAAAGCUGAUUUAGCAGGACUGUGUAUCUGUUCCCCAAGCUUACCUGGAAAUGCUUUUCAAAGGACACCCUCUUAGCUGGGCCUUGUAUCUUAGUAAGUGACAGAACACAUUAUGAAGUUGCUUCAGUCUCAGUGGCUUCUUUUUUCCUCCAAGGUGUAUAGUUCUUCAGCAUUUUACUACAUGCUCUUAUGGAUGCAUUGAACAGUGCAAUUUUUCAGUUACUUGACCUAAAAGGCGGUGAGAACUGGUUCUCUUAAAGCAGAAGUAAGACUGUGAGCCAA